CAAACAUUGCGCCGGAACAGACCACCGAUUCGGCCCCGCAAACGGGACCAGACGGGACCUGGGGAGCCCAUUGACCGGCGGCUCAGUUUGCGGGAAUAGCGUUGGCAGUUUCUCAAGACAGAGCGCCAGGCUAUUCCAGAGUCAAGAUGGCUUUCCUCUUCCGUCGAUCAAGACAGGGCUUUCUGCUCCUUGCACGUCCGCCAGCCACGUGUGAGCGGGCCGUACUACAAGCACAACCCGUUCUUCGCGUCCACUUCUCCUCAUCGUCCCGACUAUUCCAACAGGCCGCGCCGAGAGCAGCAAAAGGGGCUCCCAAACCCUCCACGCCAAAACUCCUCAAGAAUGCUCCCGCCAAACCAACACCCACACCCACACCCACACCCGUCGUCAAUCCCGGGGCAGCGCGAACCGCCGUCCGGCCGCCCUCGUACGCCGAACAAUUGGCCCUCAAAGGGCGCACGCUGCUCUACGAAGCGCCCUCGCACUUUUGGUACCGCGUCAGCUCGUACGCCUCGGGCGCCUUCUGCAUCUCGUACACCGUCUACCAAUACUGGGACAUCUACCUUUCCCCGCACGAGGGGCUCAGCUGGUGGAUCCCGCACGCCAUGGGGCUCGUGUGCGUCUUCAUGGCCAGCAUGGGCGCCUACUUCAUCAUGGGCACCGGCCGCAUCGUGCGCUCCAUCGAGGCCGUGCCUGCCGCGUCCGUCACGAACAAGCUUGCCGCGAUCGCCAAACAACACGCGGGCCAGGAAACCAGCCCGAUCUACAUCGAGGUGGCCAUGCGUCGGAUAGUGCCCUUCCUCCCGUCCCGGAAGACGGUCCUGCCGCCGCACGAGGUGCAGUUGCCGUUCCGCAUGUACGGCGUGUUCGGCAUGCUCGGCCACGACGCUGCGGCGCAGAGGCCGUUGAGCAUGGUGGAGAGGGUGCGUGCGGAACGGGCCGCGCGCGAGGCCAAAGCCCUUGCCCGGAAAGAGACCAUGGACCACAUCCUGACGGCGCCGUUCCGGGACGCUGCGAAAGCGUUCCGCGGCGCGUGGGACGGCGUUGUGCGGUCGUUCAACCGGGAGGGAUUCGCCAAGAUCAGGUUGGGUAAUCAGACCUACAAAAUAGAUGUGUCGGGAGGCUGGGCCUUGGAUCAGGGGCGGGCACUGGAUAGGUUACUUCCUAUAAGGCCGAAUGCGUUGAAAGACUGAUAUGGUCGUAUGAAAGAGUAAUGUGUAUAUAGUCAAAAUGUACCAACAGCCGUCCAACAAAGCCUCCCGCUUGAUGAAGCCGGAGCCCACAUUACAGUCAGGGAUGCAAACGAUGUCGUAUUCCUCGCUGAUCGGCAUCAUCGGCUUCGAGGUGUCCACUAGGCUGGUGCAGGG